AUGGCUACUAACGCAGCUGGCCCAACAACACCACCGCGGUUGCCUGCUACCGCACCAUCUGCGCCUGCGCCCGCUCGACAUGUGGACCGACAAAGGGCAAAAGCACCUCGCGUUAGAGCGGCCACCGAGAACGAGCUCGACACCACUACAAUUCAAAGCGCCAUACAGGACAGCGCACCUCCAAACGGACAUAUCGCAUGCGAAGAGGCGGAAAACACGGAGUACCAACCGGAUACAUACAUCACGAUGAUAUCAAGUGUACUAGCGAGGAAACUGGAAACAAUAGGUGGACAUAUGGAAGGACUGAAUAACAACAUCGGGACGAAUAACACCAAGACGCACGCACUCGAGAAACAAAUCACGUCAUUCCUCACGACGGUCAAAAACAAUGAAGCCUUAACCAGAACACUACUGGAGGCCAGCAAACGAAGCGAGACAUGCACGGCGGAGUUAGGGGCAAGAAUAGUAAAGCUGGAGUCUCAGAACAACACAAUCCUCGCAAAACAAUUAUCAAAGUCAGCCACGCUUCGUAUCGCCACUACGACGAAUAGCGGAAACCCUGAAACUAGACACCACUCGCUUAGAGUGUAUCGAACCACUCUGUAUAGCGCCCUGGCAACCACGAACGAGAAAAAGCGCAGGGGCUGGCGAGUCGAGCGAGCCUAG